CCGCGCCGGGCGGCCCCUGGGCUCGGCGGGGAGUCGCACAGAGCCGCGCCGCCCGCGUGAAUGAGAGUGUACACCGAGUGCCGGGCAGGGGACACCAACCGUCAUGUUAAGGUAAAGCAGAAAAGUGCAGUGCUGAACAUGCUAAAGAGGUUAGACAAAAUAAGGUUCAGAGGUCACAAGAGAGAUGAGUUCCUUGAUUUAGCAGAGUCUCCAAAUGCUUCAGAUACUGAAUGUGGAGAUGAAAUCCCAGUGAAAAUACCUCGAACGUCACUCAGAGAGAAUGACGAACUGAGAGACCCUGCUGGUCCAGGGGCCAUCAACAUGGCAUCAGGAGUCCAGGAUUUUAACAGAACAGAGUCUGAUAGAUUAAAUGAGAUCAAAGGUCACCUGGAAAUCGCCUUACUGGAAAAACACUUUUUACAGGAAGAGCUCAGGAAGCUCAGAGAAGAAACAAACGCUGAAACCUUAAAACAAGAACUAGAAAAAGAACGGCAGAGGAGAUUGGAACUAGAACAAAAGGUCAAUGAAAUACUUAAAACAAGAACAGAAGAGCUGCCUACAACACAGCAACCCGCAAAACCACCGACACAAGUCAAUGGAACAGAUAAACGCAGUCAGAUGAUGUGUUCGAGAGUCCAGAAGUGGUUUUAUGACAAAUUUGGGGAGUAUGUUGAAGACUUCAGAUUUCAGCCAGAGGAAAACACAGUGGAAACUGAAGAGCCACUUAGCGCUAGAAGGUUAACUGAAAAUAUGAGAAGAUUAAAGAGAGGUGCCAAACCUGUUACUAAUUUUGUGAAGAAUCUUUCUGCCUUAUCAGAUUGGUAUUCUAUCUACACUUCUGCUAUUGCCUUUAUUAUUUACAUGAAUGCUGUAUGGCAUGGCUGGGCCAUUCCUAUGUUCUUAUUUUUAGCAAUUUUGAGGUUAUCCCUAAAUUACCUCAUAGCCAGGGGUUGGAGAAUACAGUGGAGCAUUGUGCCUGAAGUUUCUGAGCCCAUUGAACCUCCAAAGGAAGACCUGACAGUGUCAGAAAAGUUUCAGCUUGUUCUAGAUGUGGCACAAAAAGCACAGAACCUAUUUGGCAAAAUGGCAGACAUAUUGGAAAAAAUCAAGAACUUGUUCAUGUGGGUCCAGCCAGAAAUAACACAGAAGCUAUAUAUUGUUCUAUGGGCAGCUUUUAUUGCAUCCUGCUUCUUUCCCUACAGGAUUAUAGGGCUUGCAAUGGGACUUUAUGCUGGAAUUAAGUUUUUCCUUAUUGAUUUCAUCUUCAAACGAUGCCCAAGACUUCGAGCUAAGUAUGAUACUCCUUAUAUCAUCUGGACAAAUUUGCCUACAGAUCCUCAACUCAAAGAAAGGUCUAAUGCUACAGUGUCAAGACGGGUUCAAACAGCAUCAUCAAGAAGUUAUGUGGGUUCAGGUGCCCCAACUGGAGUAAACAAAGAUGAAGACAGUAGUCGUUUUCAUACCACCAAAAGAGGCAAUUUCCAUGAAGUCUUUAACCUAUCAGAAAAUGAGCGUCCUUUGGCAGUAUGUGAAAAUGGUUGGCGCUGCUGCUUGAUUAACAGAGACAAGAAGAUGCCCACGGACUACAUUAGGAAUGGGGUUCUUUAUGUUACAGAAAAUUACUUAUGCUUUGAAAGCUCCAAGUCUGGCUCUUCUAAGAGAAAUAAAGUUAUUAAACUAACGGAGAUAACAGAUAUUCAGAAGUACAAAGUGCUCUCUGUUCUCCCAGGGUCAGGGAUGGGUAUUUCAGUAUCAACACCAUCUACACAAAAACCAUUAGUGUUUGGUGCCAUGGUACACAGAGAUGAAGCUUUUGAGACCAUUUUCAACCAGUAUGUGAAAAUAACCUCUGCAGCAUCGAACAGCGAAAGCUAG